AAAAAAAGGAAUUUAACAAUUUGUAGAAUGUUCUUGACAUAAUUUCCAGUGUAAAUAGCAACAUAUUGAGAUUUUAUAGGGCAAAAUUAUUGUUAUUUAAAUAUUAUUUAAAUAAUUUAAGGGGAAAAACAUCAGUGGUGACCAUUUUGAGACAAAACAAAAGCCACAGACACAUUUUAAGAUUAUAAGCGCAAGUUUCUUUUCAUUUGAAACAGCUCACUUAUUUCUUAAUCAAGUUUUUAAUGUAUAUUAUAAUAAUGUUUUAUAUGUAAAUAUAAAUUUGCUACACUAUGGGGCACAGACUAUACAAGACUGUCAUUUUUAUUUAAACAUGUUCUCAAAUGAAUAUCUAAAAUUACAAAUUUAGUCAAAAAAAUACUUCAACAUUUAGUACUAUGUUCCAGUUAUUAUCAUUUUAAUAUUAUUUAAAUAAUUUAAGGGUAAAGGCAUCAGUGGUGUCCAUUUUGAGACAAAACAAAAGCCACGGAUACAUUUUAAGAUUAAUAAGCGAAAGUUUCCUUCAACUGAAACAGAUUACAACACAUUUUAAAUAAACCAAGACUAGUAAAACCGUGAAAUAAAUAGUGUGUUUCUCGCAGUGUGUGUCGUGAGUGUUUAUUAGCACUUGUGAGGAGGAGCGAGUGUGUGUGUUCCUGUUGACUGUAAGUACACGUCAGCAGAGAGAGAGACCUCCUCAUCCAGUUCACUUUCUCUUCCUGCUUACAACUUUGUUGCACAUGACACUUUAUCAGGAAACCACAAUGUCCGCGUUUCACCUGAAAAAUGCCCGGAUUCUGCCCUCAACAGGCGUAUAACAACAGUAAACAUCCCAUAAUUCUGCUUUCCAUGGUGCUUUGACGUCGAAAAAUGAGAUUCCGGUUGUUGAAGAAGAACUUUAUUGUGUUCCUCGUUAUUGUGAUCGUCUUCAUAAUGUUGUUUUACACCAUACGACGGACUAAAGAUGACUCAAACAUGGAGGAAACUGAUAAAGAAAGCACACAUACUGCUGUGAUGGUUAAAUUUGACUAUGGAACCAUCCAGAAUAUGAGAAAAUCCAUCUAUGACAGCAACUACAGACAGUUUAUCCAAAAUGGAGAUCAAUUUCCCUUAGAUCCAGAGGUGGUGAUUGUGGUGCAAGUCCACAACCGGCCGGCGUAUCUCAAAAUGCUCAUACAGUCCUUAGAAAAAGUCACUGGAAUACAAAACGCACUUGUGAUAUUCAGUCAUGACUAUUUCUCUGAGGAAAUUUCCGGUAUGGUCAAGGAAAUUGCGUUUUGCAGAGUUCUGCAAAUUUUCUUUCCCUACAGCAUUCAGCUUUAUCCGAAUGAAUUCCCGGGACAGGAUCCUCAAGAUUGUCCGAGAGACAUAUCCAAGGAUGACGCCAUCAAAAAGGGUUGUUUGAACGCAAAGCAUCCUGAUUCCUACGGACACUACAGGGAAGCGUCGAUAACGCAAACUAAACACCAUUGGUGGUGGAAGCUGCAUUUCGUAUUCGAGCGAGUGCGAAUUCUCCGAGGAUACAACGGAUAUGUCGUAUUCAUAGAAGAAGACAACUAUCUUCUUCCUGAUUUCCACGAAUACUUAAAAUCAAUGUCCGAGCUCAGGAAAACCAGUUGUGGUGAUUGCGAUGUUCUCGCAUUAGGCAACCAUAACAGUUUGUCAGGCUUUCACGAACUUUCUAGCAAAACCGAGACGUCAGGAUGGCUGUCUACCAAACAUAACAUAGGAAUGGGAAUCACCAGAGAGCUCUACUACAAACUAAUGGGAUGCAACAACGCGUUCUGCACAUACGACGAUUAUAAUUGGGACUGGACCCUGCAGAACUUGUCCGGCACGUGCAUUUCGAAGCCUAUCAAGGUUUUGGUGGCACUCGGAAGUCGCGUUAUUCAUACUGGAGAUUGCGGCCUUCAUCAGAAAACGGACUGUCGGCCGGAAAUGGCUCAGGAGAAGGUGGAUUCAGCUCUCAAGGAUGUCAAAUCUAUUCUUUUCCCGCCAAUUUUAACGUUGACGGAUAACGGGCCGGUUGUACAUCAGCCUCACAUGAAGAAUGGAGGUUGGGGAGAUAUUCGAGAUCACACGCUGUGCGUCAACUACGCCGCUCGACUCUGAACUUUAUAAACGAGUGCCAUUCAAAAUAUCAGGUUUACACGUUUCAGGAUUAAAAUUUUGCUUAUACCAAAAAUAGGAAGAGCUAUAAUGGUGUGUUCAUGUAAAUCUCACAAAAAAUGGGUCGACAUUUCACCACAUAAUCAAAAUACACAAAAAAAAUGAUUGGGUUGUUAUGACCCACGCUGUAAAAAAUGUCCUUUAUGUUGUCAGAGCAAAAAUUGAUUGGUAAUUUGUUUUUAUAAAUUUAAGUUGAUUGACCAUAAAACAAUUAAGUUGCCCCCCAAAAAAACUAAAAAUUGUGUUUGAACUCCUUUGACAUUUUUUUU